AGGUAUUAUGUUGCAGCUGUAAAAGACGGUAAUGGAUUUUACUGUCAAAUGUAUUAUCACAUGUACUGCUACCUCUGCACAUUCAUUUUAUCUAGUCAUCUACACAUACACAUGACAUGAUAUCAUAUUACCCUCUCUGUCACUCUGUCUCUCUGCUGACCAAAAACAUGAGGAAUGGGUAUGGCAGGAUUAGCAGUGAGACUACCCACAAACCAAGAUCCAUGGAUCAUGCUACCACUCCAUUUCCUCAAACCCCAAAAGCACCAACAACCACCAGCGAGAGUCCGAGGAGGGUGGAAGACGGGAAGGGAGAGAUAUUCGGAGUGAUACUGGGUAGGAGUGCUUCUGUUUCAACCAGUUUUUCUUCUGCAUCAGGGGCGUUUGAGGUUACAAUGAAAAGGGCAUUCUCAAUGGGAAGAUCAUCAUCGGUUUCAGAGAGGUACUGCAGGAUCCAUGACACAGCAAUAGCAUCGCCGAUUGAAGAUGAUGAUGAUGAUGAUGAAAUGGAGGAGGGUACAGCAAGAUCCAAGGAGGAGAAGGGAGUGAGGAUGAAGAUUAAGAUCCUCAAAGCAUUGCAGAUAAGCUGAAGCGAAAAGCAAAAAAAUAUACUAAAUUGUAAGGGCCCGUGAGCACGGAGGCGAGUCAGCAUUGAAAAACCUCAACUUUUUGCGACUUCAAAGAUGAUGGGCGUAGGAAGAACCUGAAUCCCGGGGACUUCAACCUGAAUGCGCAUUAUUUAAUUCCAAGUAACAACUGUCCAAUUCAGGGACCUUCAACUUUCUCGCUCAGCAUUUUAAAUUGUAGUACGUUGUUGCAUCAACAUUUUCUAUACAAUCAAGUAAAGUAAGGCGUACACAAAUUAAAAUA